UAUACGUAGACCUUACAAUCUUUACUAGCAAGCAAAUUGAAAAUAGAAAAAGCACAAUACUACUCUGUUUCGAUUAUAAAAAUGGCUCAUAGCCUAAACGCCAAGCCACCACCCCACUCUCCUCCUCAAAAGCAAUUUGCUUUAUCUUUAUCCUUCUUAAAAACCCUCCAAAAAACCCUUUUCUCCAUAUCACAUAAAACUCUCUCUCUCUCUCUCUCUCUCUCUCUGUGUCUGUCUCUCACUCUGUCUCUGAGUUUGCAUAGAAAUGGAGGGUCUUCAUGAGGACCAAGAAGCUCUGUUUCACUCUUACCCAUGUGCGUACUACGUUCAAAGCCCAUCAACCAUUUCCCAUGCAAACAGCGCCGAUAUCCGAAACACCACCACCGAAUCCGCAUUCCAUUCCCCGGUUCGUAACGAAACCAAUCCGACCCACGAAACCUCUCGUUUGGCUCUUUCACACUCUUCUUCUCGUGGAUCCAACCACUACUUCUUGCACCAUGAGAAGAAGAUCUCUUACGAUGCUCGUAGCCAUGCCACCGGGACUACUGAGAACGGUGAUCACAACCGUUUGAUCAUUGUUGAUCAUAGAGUUCACUGUGGUGAUCAUGAUGACAAUGAUGAUGAUGAUGAUGAUGAGGACUACUACUCAUUUUAUGGGAAAAGAAGACCAGGGUGGUGGAAGAGGUAUUGCUCUUACAGGAAUUCGGAUUCGAGUGUGUGGAUUUGUUUGCAGAUAUGCUGGAGGGCAAUGUUGAGCUUUUGGAUUGCUUUGCUUGUCUUCUAUAUUGCCACAAAACCUGCACCUCCAAAAGUCUCCAUCAAGAUGGCAGGAAUUCGUGCAUUUGGGCUAGCAGAAGGAGUGGAUGGUUCAGGGGUCACAACCAAGAUCCUGACCUGCAAUUGUUCUAUAAAUCUAAUAAUAGACAACAAAUCUAAGCUCUUUGGCCUUCAUAUUCAUCCUCCAACCAUGGAAAUGUCUUUUGGACGCCUACCUUUGGCCUUAGCACAUGGUCCAAAGCUAUAUGCAGAGAGUGGGUCAACAAGAUUUCAUUUGUACGUGGGAACGAGGAACAAGCCACUUUAUGGAGCAGGAAGAAGCAUGGAAGACAUGUUGGAGUCAGGGGAGGGUUUGCCUGUGGUUGUUCGUUUGAGAUUCAACUCUUAUUUCCGAGUUGUUUGGAACCUUGUCAAGCCCAAAUUUCAUCACCAAGCUCAAUGUUUAUUGCUCCUUCACAGGUCUUAUGAUAAGAAGCACCGAACCCAAGCAUUCAACAGCACCUGCACACUCAUAUAAUCUUCAUCUAUCUAUCAAUGGUAAAAAAAUGAAAGUAAAAGAAGAUCAGAUUUAAAAACAAAACCGAUUGAACAGAUCUCUCUUCAUGUCUUGGCAAUUACAAGAUAUAUAAUUAUUUUUUGCUUAA